UUCACAUCGGCGCUUCACAAUGACCCAAGCUCAUAUUUGAUCAAAGGAACAUGCACAUAACGUGGUGCAUGUAGAAUUAGAAUUUUCUUUCCUUGGAUCUGUAUAUCAGAUCAUAACCAAUUCCCAUAUGUUAUAGUAUUAAUUAGCAACCUCAAAUUAAACAUUUCCACCAUUCUGCUGUUUCUUUCUCGAUCUUGUAAGGAAAGAGAGACAUGGGUAUUGAAGCUCAUGACCAACAACACUCAAAAAAGCUGCCACUUAGUCACAACCAAAAGCACAAGCUGAAAUCCGUUAUGCUAAUCAUUUUCACCAACCUUGUCACCAUUUACAUUUUCACAGGUCCAUUUAGCUUUUUGUACCACUCCUCUCUGAGGCCCAGUGACUCAAACUCUAUACUGCAGGAACUCAACUCCACCAAAGCUCAACUUGCUGCCAGUCACUCACUCUUGUCUGAGCUGCACCAUAGGCUCAACUCUACCAAUUUACUUAUCCAGGCUUUGCUUAUUGAUCUUACUCGCGAACAAUACAAGCAAUCAAACAGAGCAGAUCAGAACCCCAUCACUUUGAAGCAGGAAAAUGAUGAUUCCACAACAUCUGAUGAGCUCAACAUUGCACUUGGCCCUCACAAGCUCCCAUUUGGGCACUCACCAAGGAUAGGAUCAGAUGAGAUUCACAUGAAUAUUGGUGAAGCCUGUUUGAGGCUCCAUGAUGAGUUAAACCAGUACAUGACAUAUGAGAUUGGAGGGGAAUGUCCUGUAGAUGAUAUUCUUGCAGAAAGCCUCAUGCUCAAAGGGUGUGAACCGCUCCCACGUCGGCGAUGCCACCCCAAGUCUCCUGCAAGUUAUGUAGAGCCAACACCUUUGCCAGAUAGCCUCUGGAAAAUCCCUCCAGACACCAGCAUUAUCUGGGAUCCAUAUUCUUGUAAAAGCUACCAGUGCCUUGUUGAUAGAAAGAAUGAGCUAGGAGGGUCCAAUGACUGCAAGGAUUGCUUUGAUUUGCAGGGAAAAGAGAAGGGUAGGUGGAUCUUUGAUGAUGGUGGACUUGAUUUUGGAAUAGACCAAGUUCUCGCGACAAAAGCUGCAGGAACAAUCCGUAUCGGACUCGACAUUGGCGGCGGAACCGGAACAUUUGCUGCCAGAAUGAAGGAAUGGAAUGUGACAAUCAUUACAAGCACUCUGAAUUUGGAUGGGCCAUUCAACAACAUGGUUGCAUCAAGGGGUUUGAUACCAAUGCACGUUACCCUCUCUCAGAGGCUUCCAUUCUUUGAAAACACACUGGAUAUUGUGCACUCCAUGAAUAUCAUUGGGAAUUGGAUACCAGACACCACGCUUGAGUUUUUGUUGUAUGAUAUAUACAGGGUUUUGAGGCCAGGGGGGAUAUUCUGGCUUGACCAUUUCUUCUGCUUUGAUUCACAACUCAACCAGACUUAUGUGCCAAUGUUGGAUCGAGUUGGAUUCAAUAAAUUGAGAUGGCAUGUUGGAUCGAAACUUGAUCCUGGGGUUCACAAGAAUGUGUGGUACAUUUCAGCACUGAUGGAGAAACCAAUGAUUUGAGGUAGGCAUGUGAUUUAUGCAUGCAAGUGCUAAAUUAAUGAACAAAGUUGCUUUUUUUUUAUUGAAAAAAACUUCAAGUAAAAAGUGUGAAAGAGACCAAUAUGUGUAUCAUAGUCUUUCUUCUAAGCAUGGGACUCUUCUAUUAAGAAACACAGAACUUCACUCCUCAUGAUUUGGUGA